CAAAAUUGGGAAGUGAGAGAAUACUGUCCCUUAAUUUCGGGCAGAAUAUGGAUUUUAAAGCUAUGUUACUAGUCGUGUUGAUAGCAGCAGGUUCCUGUAAGCUAAGAGGACCAACAGUGAUCAAUGGAAUUCUGGCAGAAAGAGUCACUGUGCAGUUGGGAUAUGACCAAGAAGAUGAAACUUAUACAAAAAGCUGGUGUAAAGUGAUUGACGGCAAAUGCAUUAAUAUCACAGAUACUGCUGGAUACGUGAAUGAACUGUACUUGGGAAGAGCAUCCAUCACUGAUGAUAAAAGAAGUAGAAUACUUUCUAUAACCCUGCAGCAAAUGAGAAAGGAAGAUGCAGGACAGUACGUCUGUGGAAUACGUUUGUCUCAGCAGAAAUACAGAUCGUUCUGGGUAGAAUUAAAGGUUUUAGAAGCCCCUCUGACAUCAGCACCAAGUUCAACAAUAACAAAUCUUAAAUCUCCAUUAAGCCUUCCUAUGAAAUGGAACUUUGUUUUCUUAGCUGUGGUCCUUUAUUUGUCCUUGAAACUUCUUGCUGCUGUCAUCAUUUUUGUGGUGCUACUGAAAAAGCACAGAGGCAAUGGUGAAAUUGCAAAAUGUGAUUGAAAAAGGACAUAAAUCGAUAGAUUAUUUCCUUCAAGUGAGAUGGGGAAGAAUGUGUGGACCUUUCCUGCGGUUGACACCAAUGCUAAAUCUGCACUUAUCUAAUGACGUCAGAUUUACUUUUCUUGAAAUUGAUGUUUGCACAGGCAGUAAGUAACAACACCUGUGAUUGGUUGGUUGUAUAUAUUCAAAAUCAGCAUUUUUGACUGUUGUGCGAUUUUUAGCAACAUGAUUUACAAUUGCUUUAACAUCUGGUUAUGAAUUUCCACUAUUCCAA